UUUCGUGCAAAACAUGCGACGAAGAGACCACAAGAGAUGUCAACAAAUCUAUUGAAAGUGCUGCUGUCAACUCGAGAGCUAAAUUUGACCAUUGACCACUAAAAUCGACCGACAUCUUCCUUUCAUGAGUAUUUAACAAGGAUCUCAAAAUGGCAGAAGGAAACACUCUUUCCGGUGUAAAUGUUGUGCUUGUUAUGGCCUUCGGCAGCUUGGUGUUUGUGCUGCUGUUCAUCUUUGUGAAAAGACAGAUUAUGCGCUUCGCUAUGAAGUCUCGCAGAGGACCGCACGUCCCGCUGGGUCACAACGCACCAAAGGAGCUGAGAGAGGAGAUUGAUUCCAGUUUGUCAAAAGUGAACGAUAUUCGUUAUGAGCCACAUUUACUCUCUAAAGAUGACAAUCGACUGAAUCGUCAAGGCCAGAAUGGUUGUUAUAAUUACCUCUUCAGAAUGCAAGCGUUAGAUGCCAUCAGAGACUCCGAUAUCCCGUUUCAUGAGUUAUGUCACAGUGCCAGCGCUCUGACCGGCCGCCGCUACAAGAAGUGGCUGCAGGACCUGCGAAACUCUCACUCUCUGUACAAAUCAAGUCACUGUGCAUUAAUAGAUCGCUUACUGGAGGGCUACGACAACGCUCGCCAUGGGACAGGGGUGUUUGGUGAGGCAGAGUUCGUCAAGUACAAGGACGAUCUGGCAGAACUGGCUGCUGUUGUGAAGACCCACUCCAGCACCACCAGUCUAAACCAGCAGCACCAGUCAGCAGCUAAAGAUCUGACCAGCUCCUCUGGCCCGCCGUCUGCCUCUACCAUUCAGGUCACGUACCUGCCGUCCACCGGACAGCGCAGCAAGAGGCCCAAACACUUCCUGGAGCUCAAAAACUUCAAAGACAACUAUAAUACACUGGAGAGCACACUUUAGAGAUUGGAACCCUUUUGAGGAACUGUGUAAAUAUAACUCAGAAACUGUGAAUCAGAAGUGUUCAGUUCUCACUGGAAAAGCCUUCAUGUAGAAAUGAAAAUAGUCAAAUGGCCUCAAAUCACAUUGAGAAUGUGAGAAUGAUUUAAUAUAUGACACAAUCUGUGGGAUAACCAUCCGUGCAACUGCUUUGAGAGCAAUGCGAGAAUGUUAUGUUUGUAGUUUUAAAGUUUUUCUGAUGGAGCUAACAGGAAGAGCUUUUUUGUCUAAUGUUAAAAGUCACUGUUUACCUGCUUUUAUUUGCGAGAAUGGCCUUUUAAUGUGAACAGGGAGUGUAAAGUUUAUAUCUUUGUCCAAAGAGCGCCAACAAAGCGCCCUUUAACUGAGAUGAUAGCAUUUUAACUGGAUUGACUUUACUGGAACAAACACAUGAAUUAAAAAAUAGUUGAAUGGACAUUAAAGGGACAGUUCACCCAAAAAUUAAAAUGUAC